AUGUCUCUCGCUCCGGCGACGAAUCCCCGACGACGACGGCCACGUGCACGGUCACUUCAGCUCUGUGCCAACCAGCAGAGGGUGACCUUCUUGGCGUGGCAGCUGAACAUCGUGCUGGACCUGUUCGUGGCCUGCUUGCCGACCGCGGACGCCGAGGUGCAGGUAGCACCGCCGCGGCCGCCGGCACCCGCGGAGGAAAACUUGCCGCCUCCGCUGCGGCCGCCGCGGCCGCUGUCGUUCCAACGCGACUGCACUCGAGCCCUGGCGCAGCUUCUCUACGAGAACGGCGAGCGCCUAGGCACGCGGUUCGACGACGUCGUGCCGCCGCUUCUCCGACUGGCGGACCCUUCGGCGAUCGACCUAGACACCAGGCACGCCGCGCUGGAUGCGCUCGCCAACCUCUGCCUCAAGAACUGGGCGGGCUUCGCAGAGCCGCAGCGGCAGAUGACCUGCUCCUGCCUCACCCGGAACUUCGUUGCGAACUGGCGAGCCUUCGCUUCCUCCUCCUCGCCUUCUACAGCGACCACAGCUGCUGCUGUGUCUCUUGCUACACCCGGCGGCGGCGGCGGCGGGCCGGGUGAGCGUAAGAUCCUGGCGUCGGCGACUCGCGGGCUCGCCUGCGCGAUCGGGAAGGCCGGGGUCUCGCCGGUGCUCGAGCCGUACCUCGCCCGCGUGGUGCACGCUCUCAACCACCUUGUGCAGCCGGCGGGAGAAGGAGAGAGAUCGGGGGCGGCCACCACGGCCGCCGCCACGCGCGGGGCCAGCGGACGCGGUAGGAGCCGGAGUACCAGCGGCAGCACGAGUCGGAGCCGAAACGGUAGAGGCUUCGGCGGAUACGGCGGUGGCGCCGGAGGCGCAGGAGGCGUGUCGCCCACGAGGUCGUCCGCGUCGGCGUCUCUCGUGGAUCCCAGGGCGCGGGUCAGGCUCCAGGCCCUGGCCCUGCUGGAGUCCAUGGCCGCGAAGGACGCCAAGAGCAUGUACCCGCACUGGGCGCUGUUCUUCGCGCCGUGCGUGCCGGGUGCCGUAAGCGGCGGCGGCGCCUGCGGCGGCGACGCGGCAGCAGCAACACCGGGAGAAGCAUCGGAAGGCGGCGGAGGGAGCACGAGACCGGUGGUGCUUCCGGCCGGGCUGGUGUCGAUCAUGGAGAGUGACCUUGCCCCGCAGGUGAGAGCGGCGGCGGCGGGAGCGGCCGCCGCCCUCGUCAAGGGCUCUCCGCUCCGGAAGUGGAUGAUGCUGGCGGCGGCAACGGGCGGUGGCGGGGGCGGGGGUGGCGGCGGCAUCGGGGAGCGCGUGGAGUCUAUGAUGCUGCGGCUUCACCGGAGCCUUGUGCUCUGCCUUGCUCAAGAAAAGUCGCCUGCCGUGGUCGCCAAGCUGUGUUCAUGCACCGGUGCACUGAUCGCAGAGAUGCCGUACGCGACCUCCCAAGCCGCCUCGGGGGCUCCGCCGCAGCCGCCGCCACGGGGAGGGGGUAGCAGCAGCGGUGCUAGGCGCGGUUCUCGCCGCGGUGGCGGCGGCGGAAACUCGGGCGGGGGAAGUGGUGUGGAAGAGUCGCUGGGAGACCUGCUGCGAGAGCUCGCGAGGCUGAUGGUGGACGUAGCUGCGGAACCCAGCGCUAGGAUUGCCGGUGCGUCUUUCUUUCACGAUGGCGGGGGCGGGGGCGGGGGCGGCAGCAACCUUCUUUAUUUUUGUCUUGCUCUGCUCUGCUCGGUCCUUGUGCAAUCCUGGCCACUCGAUCGAGCGUCUUACCGAUCAGUUUCGUCGUCGCAAGCCCUGACGGCCGUCUUCUCCACGAAGGAGCCGGUCGCCGCCAUCGACUCCUUCCUGCUCAGCUUCCGAUGCUCGGCCGCCGGCGGCUUGCCUUCCUCCUGUGGAGGUAGCUGGGGCGGAUCGAGGGCAACGCCGCCCUCGUCAUCGCCGGCUUCUGCCGCCCGUCGCGGCAAUGGUGCUAACGCGGUGGCGGGGCCGGGGGCCUGGUCCCCGCUUCCUCUUCGGCCGGGCAGCGCGGACGACCGGGGGAACAGGUUCGUCGGCGGUGUCGCUCGUAACGGCGGCGCCAAGCAGCAGCAGCAGCAGCAGCAGCAGCAGCAGCAGCAGGACAAGCGGCCGUCGCCGCCCGGGGAACGGGCAAGUGGUGGAGGCGGAAGCGUUGAUAGCAGCAACAGGAGUAGGAGCAGCGGUGGCGGGGGUACCAGAGGAGCCGAUGUAGGAGGACGGGCACGAGGAGGGCUACGCGCUUCCGACCGGAGGGGCGCGAGGGCGUCGGACCAGAUGCCCCCUCCGCUUCCUCGAGAGUCAACGGUCGACGACGACACAGCGCCAGCGGCGGCGGCGACAGCGCCAGCGCCAGCAGGCCUGGCGGCACCGUCGGAAGGAGCCAACGACCGUGGAGAUGAUGGCGAUGGUGGCGGCGGUGACUCCUUCGUAGAUCGCCUGAUAGCGUUGGCCGGCGCGCCUGGCCAGCUGCGGGCGGAAGCGCUCGGCUUGCUCACACGCAUCGGGCGGUCUUACCCCGCUCACCUCUCCGGCGGCUGCAGCGCGAGAGGCGCGGUCGCAGAGACGACCACGGCGACGACCUGGGAGAGAGUCUCGGCGCUCCUGCUCCGUUGCUUCGCGGACCCGGACCAGAACUUGCGUCUCCACGCCCUCAAGGUCCUCGAGGCGCUGCUGCUCGCGCGGGCGGAGCAGCAGGCGGCGGCGGCGGCGGCGGCGGCGGCGGCGGCAGAGGCCUUGUCGGUGGCAGGGGAAAAUUUUUCCGGAACUGCUGGUGGUGCUGCCCCUGCCGCUGAAAGCGUGUCUCCGAAACAGAAUCCGCUCUCGGAGACGGCAGCCGCUGCUGGCGGGCUUUCGGCGGAGGGAGUAGAGGGAGCGGGGUUGUCGCAAGGAACGCCGAUUUCGAAUGUCGCAGAGAAUGUCGCAGAGAAUGUCGCAGAGAAUGUCGCAGAGAGACGGGGGGUCGUUGGGAGCAGCGGAACCGCUGCUACUGGUGGCGGCGGUGGUGGCGGCGGCGGCAAGGUGUGGAGGGAUCUUGUUCAGAAGCACCUGCAGCGGGCGCUGGAGGACCCCUACCACGGCGUCCGGGCGGUGGCGUGCUCGUGCCACGCGAGCCUGCUUAAGUCGGACUGGGAGGCCUUCUCUGACCCGGAGAGGGACCGAUGCCUGGGUAGAGUGCUCGCCGCGACGAGGGACAGGGCGGCCGGUGUGAACAUCCUGGCCUGCAGGGUGGUGGCCGGCGUGAUGACCAUGGCAGGCGAGGAAGGUGCGGCGGCGUGGUGCCGGGACCCCGAGUUCCUAGACCGCUGCGCCGCAAGGCUGCAAGAAAUGAUGGAGGAUACCAAGGCCAUGCUGGCCGUAGGCAACCUCUCCUGUUCGCUGCACGGCAUCCGGUCGAGGCGCCGCUCGCUUCCGCCACCAACGCCGUCAUCAUUGUCAUCACCGAUCACCUCUUGCGCUCAGCAGCAGCCGCCGCCGCCGGAGGGGACGCGGGACUGUCAGGUCUCCCCCGCGGCGGGUACCGGCGCCGGCACCGGCGACCUGCUCCCGCGGCCGCGGCUGCGCUCUCUCUGCGACGGCGCGCUUCGGCUAGCGGCCACGGAGCCCAACCACGCAGCGGGCAGCGCCGUUCGUGCCCUGGGCUACCUGGCGUGGGGGCUAGAUCCCGAAAAUUUUGGCGGCGGCGCCGACGGUCGGGGUGGGAAAAAUGGCGUCGUAGAGGCGAGGGCAAGAGACAACGAGAGCGCGGCGUCUUUGUUACCGGUGGAAGGAGACGAGGUUGACGUCAUUGCGAUUGGUCCGACCGUGGAGGCGGCGGCGAUGGCCGGCAGAAGACCGGUACAAGAGCGGGGCGGGGAUGGCUUCGGCGAGAGUGGCGAGGAGGACGGAGGAGACAGGGACCUGCAGGACAAGGCCAUAUUGACCUUGUCGACACGGCUGGCGCCGGACAAGAAGGGGGACCUGGAGCUGAGAAAUUGCGGGGCGUGGGGUGAAGGCGGAAGCGGCGGCGGGGACCGGCGGGCCGAAAUCGCGGGCGCAAAGUGCAGGUGGAACUGCUGCAUCGCCCUUGGGGUCGUCUUGUCCGCGAGGGGGGUGCAAGCGAGGGCCGCGAGGGCCCAGUGGGCGCCCGUACUCAUGCAGUCCCUAGGGAGGGCCGUUUUGGACGACAAUCAUCUCAAGGUCCGGACCCACGCUGCCCACGCGCUCAAGGCUGUCCUCGACGCCCGCGCGUACGGCGACCAGCUGCCGUCGAUACUGGGCGGCUGUCUCCGGGGUCUUGACGCCUGCAAGAACCGCUCCAUUGUGGCGGAUUCCACACAGAUGAGGUACGCCGGCGACCUAGAGGUCGCCCUCCGCUCCCUGGUGCUGCACAUCCUGAUAGCGCUGGUGGCGCUGGGCGACGAUGCCUCCUCCUCUGCGUCGGCGGGCAAGCCCGGUGAUGCCGCCGAUUGCGGCGGCGGCGGUCCCACGGCGGCGCUGCUCGGAGAGUACGCUGACGAACUGCUUGUGAGUUCUAGUUUUCACGACGACGACGACGACGACGACGAUGAGGGGGUACUGUCAUCUCCGGAGUCGGACACGGCUCUUAGCCCGUCGGAGCUUUCCCCCUACUACCGACCUCGCCGCCGCCGCCGCCGCCGCCGCCUGCCGAUCGAGAAUUUUCAGUUGAUGGCACAAAACAUUCCGCAGCAAGAUGGGCGAAACCAGCAGGACAAGGGGGCACUUGGAGAAGAGAUGACUUCGGCUAGCUUCCAGCCGAUGGAGCCGUGGCAACGGCCGAGGGGGCCGUCGCCGCGACUGAUAACCGAAGCCGUGCUUGCAGCUACCGCGGAAGGGUUGACUUGCCUGCUCGGCGGCGGCGGCGGCCGCCGCCGCCACCGCGGGGGUCAUCACGGCGGGAACGGUGCCCGCGGUAACGGGGAGGAGGGGGUCGUCGCCGGCAGCAGCGGCUGCGGCAGCAGGUGCGGUGAUGGGGAAGAGGUGGCGACCGAGCUCUCGUCGUCGUUGGCUUCCAAGCAGACGUGGGCGGCCUGUGUCGCGGAAGCGGGGCGACGGCGUUUGCGGGUUGAUCGCCUCCUAGCGGGGGGGGAGAACAGUAGUAGAAGUAGCGAGGGAGGGGUUGUUCGGGAGGCCGAGGACGGGCAGGGGCGGGUGAGGGUGGUCACCGCGGCGAUGCCGGAAGGAGGACGAGGGGGACGACGGGAACAAGGGGAGGAGGAGGAGGAUGAGGAAGAGGAGGAGCUGUAGUUUUGGCAUGGAGUUGAGUGGCACCUGAGUGGAUUGUUCGUUUGGAUCGUCGCGACCGGCGGUGUUUGGAAGCGGAGGGGGGGAAUGGUCCAAGAGAACAGCGCAAAAUCAAAUAGUUCAAGCGGCAUUGAAGUGGGACCAGCGGCGGUGCUCCGUGUCUCGAGAGAGUGUGCUGUCAAGUCAAACAGCUGGUAAGUAGCUACUUUGAGGAUCGCGGUGGGCGGUUUCGCGUUGUGACGGUAACGGCGGAGGCGGCAAAGACUGAGUAUGGUGUCAUUUUUUCGGUGGUACUACCGUACGGUGGUCGUGCUGCUGUAAACCGCAAAUGUUUUGACGGUAAGCAGGGGGUUGCGUUUUUGGCGGUUGGUUGUGAAGUGUUCAUGAAUUUGAAAUUUCAAAUGACGGAUACCUUGGGAAUCAGGCCCUUUUUAACAACACGCGUAAGGAUGCAUUCCCGCCAGGAUCACGCACCAAGGUUUCUUCUGCUUGCCUCCUUUUUUUUUUGGUUGAGUAGCACAACAGCGGAGAAUGGUACAGUUGUUCGGUGCUAGACAAUCUGAAUGUAGUGCCUUCGAUUGGACGAUGGCCGGGAUUUCUCUUGCUACAGGCUGGGUACGAUUUUGAAGGUCCGAUGUCAUGUGUGUAGGGUUGCUCUGAAGGCAAUUAAAAGAGAAGUACACGCGCCACCAAGCAUUUUUUUUUUUUGCCG